AUGACUUCUCUAACAGGUCCUAACAACUUCUCAGAUGACGGACGUGCAGUAAUAGAAAGAGCACUAAACGUGAAAAGCCAGAAACUGGCAAGUUCAAUUGAAGAGUUGCAACAAGUGUACGAAGUUGAAAGAACAAUUUCAUUCCUUAACGAAGGUGGAUAUAAAAAGGUUGCUCUUCAAUUUCCUGACGAAUUAUUGGCAGAUUCUACGCAAAUUUCUUCCCUUCUAAUGGAGAAAACCAAUAAACAGUUUUUUGUUCUUGCUGAUACAUCAUAUGGCAGUUGUUGUGUUGAUGAAAUAGCAGCUCAACACGUUGAUGCCGACUGUAUAAUACAUUAUGGCCGAUCUUGUCUUAGCCCCACUUCCCGACUACCCGUUUUAUACGUAUUUGGAAAGCGUCCGAUAGAUGAAGCGCAUUGUCUGGAUGUUUUUCAAGAAUUCUUUGAGGAAAAUAAAAAUUUGCCGAUAAUUGUUUCCUUUGAUGUUGUAUAUGCUCAUGGUAUUGAAAAUUUUGUGAGCCAAUUGCAUAGGAAAGGAUAUAAUUCAAUCAUUCAGACGUUUGUAAAGACUGAGACUAAACAUGAAGCGACCACAAUAGAAGGAUCGGAUUCUUCUGAACAGCCAAAGGGACGAUAUUAUAAUUUACCGGAAGGCACAAAUAUCGAAGAUUGCUCGAUUUUUUACAUCGGCGGAGAAAGUCUUAUGUUGACCAAUUUACUUAUGACCCAUAAUAAAUGCAAAGUAUAUACUUACAACCCACAGACUCGAGAAGGACGACGAGAAACUCUACAAGUGAACCGUGCUCUAAUGAAACGAUAUUAUAUGGUUCAAAAAGCGAAAGACGCGGAUGUGAUCGGCAUAGUAGCAGGGACAUUGGGAGUUGCUUCAUAUCUGACCAUUAUAUCAUACUUGAAGAAACUUAUUACUGGCGCGGGAAAAAAAGCGUAUACUUUUGUAAUGGGUAAACUCAAUGUUGCGAAAAUGGCAAAUUUCAUGGAAAUUGAUUGUUACGUGCUAGUCGCGUGCCCCGAGAAUAGUUUGAUUGAUGCAAAGGAAUUUUAUCGACCAAUAGUGACCCCGUUUGAAUUAGAAAUAGCACUUGACAGUUCUAAACUUUGGACUGGCGAGUAUAUAACAGACUUUCAGCAAUUAUUACCAGGUAUUGCAAAAAAUCGUUAUAAUAAAUCGAAAGAGAAUUCAAAGUCCGUAGAACUUAACAAAGAAAAAGAUAAAAACGAUGAUGUUGAUGCCGACGACGACGUUCCCCAUUAUUCAUUAGUCACCGGACAACUUAAAAAAAGUCGGAAAUACGCCAUUGAUCAAAAGAAUGAUGGUGAUGGAGUCAUAGACUCUACUAGUACAGACACAGACGUUAUAUUACGUGACAAAAACACGCAAUUAGCAUCCACCGCCGCCAUAAUGAAAAACAGUGCGGCUGCCGAAUUUUUAAAUUUGAGAAGCUUUCGAGGUCUCGAAAAGCAAAUUGGCGCGACUGUAGUUUCUGAGGCGGAAGAAGGACGUUCUGGGAUCGCUAGAGGAUAUUCAGAUGAAAAAUAA